UCUGCACCCUCCCGGCCAAUCACCGGCCAGAAGUUGAUUGUGGCAACCAUGGCAACGCGCCGAAAGUGGCGUGCGGCCAAUCCGGUCGCAGAACGCCGUCAGCGCUGGCUAUUCCUUCCCCCCCUCACCGCCUCUCGAGGGAGGGAAUGGUAUGUUCUGGUGGCAGUGAGGCGAGGGCUGUGACGAACUGAGCAUCCGGGCCCCGGAAUUAUUGCCAUAGGCCCCGCCCUCCCAGACGUAGAUGUAGGUCGGGGCGGUAGCGGUGGAGCCCGGAAGUGGUGCGGCUGAGUCACUUCGGCAGUGACGAGAAGGCGGAACCUGCGGUGGCGUCGUUGUCUUUCGGCGUUUGAGGAGUUUUCCUGCGUUCGCUUUUCUUCCCGCCUUGCUUCCACUAUCAUGAUGGAGGAGAUAGACCGGUUCCAGACACAUAGAGCUCUGAAGAAGUUGACAUAAUGGUUGCACUACUACAUGGGAUCCUGGGGAAUCUUGCCAGAGAAGGAAGUAUACAGGAUCCAACAGCUGCAUCUGUUUCGGACAGAGAUUGUGAUACGAGAGAGGGAGAGACUGUAGCCGUGAACUAUAAGCCAUCCCCACUUCAAGUGAAAUUAGAGAAGCAGAGGGAGCUGGCUCGGAAGAGCUCCCUGAAGAAUGGCAAUAUGGGAAGCCCAGUUAAUCAGCAGCCCAAGAAGAACAACGUGAUGGCACGAACAAGGCUCGUCGUUCCCAAUAAGGGCUAUUCAUCAUUAGAUCAGAGUCCAGAUGAAAAGCCACUGGUAGCCUUGGAUACGGACAGUGAUGAUGACUUUGACAUGUCCAGAUAUUCCUCUUCGGGAUACUCAUCAGCUGAGCAGAUCAACCAAGACUUGAACAUCCAGCUGCUAAAGGAUGGGUACCGGUUAGAUGAGAUCCCAGAUGACGAGGACCUUGACCUAAUCCCCCCUAAAUCGGUCAACCCUACCUGCAUGUGUUGCCAAGCCACCUCCUCCACUGCCUGUCACAUCCAGUAGUAAGGCCAGCAGGCUGUGAUCAGUGCUUUCCACUAUAACUGUAAAACUUAACAGCCAUUGCUUCCUCCUAUGGUAGGACAUGCACCUCUGUGUUCAUGGAGCCAGGAGAAACCAAAAAGUUCAUUUUAUGAUUGGUUAAUAAGUUAUUUUAAACUAUGGUUAAACAAAAGAGAAGUCGCUCAAAGUGCCAGGCAGUGCCUGGCAGAUCUGACUGGACUGGAGAGCAAAUGCAGGAGGAUCUAGAGAUACCUCCUUGGUUUGUGUAGGUACCGGAGAUGUUUUGUAAGGUGUCUGUUCCAGAAUGGGAAGGGUCAGAUGGGGCUGCAGUUACUCCUGCCCACCGAAACCAAUCCGUCUACAAGAUCAGGGGUGAGUCUGAGGUGUCAGGGGGUUUUUACCUGUGGGAGGAGGUUAGUUCUUAAUUCAUUCACUAAACCUGAUUCGUUUGUGUAACCAAAAUUAUACCAUAACCGGGGCACAGGAAUGGGAAUGGAGCAGGGCAUCCUUUCUUAUGGCAAGGCUAGCCAGGACUAGCAUGACCCAAUUCAUUCACUUGCAAAGAGGACAAAUAGGUGGCAUUUCACUGUGAGUCAGUACUAGCUAGAGCUGUUGUGUCACAUAUCCAAUGCAAUCUAUCCUUAGCUCCAAAUUAAAUUAUCACCAAACACAUCAGAUUCGAUCUGCAAUCCAUCCAUGCUCUUCAGGGAUUCAGUCCUUGCCCGAGAAUACCAUACUCCUGAGUUCAGUCCACUCACAUAUACUGACUUCAGCCUAUACUUCAUUCCUGUGAGACCCAUCUGCUUCCAAAACUCUUAAAGUUUGUUCAACUAAGAAAAAAUGAGUCCUGCACAAGACAGGACUAGAGCUGUGCAGUCUGAAGGUCAGUGUCAGGAAAGCUAGUUGAAGAAAGCACAUUUUUACAGAGCUUGGCUGUUGAUAUUCUCUUGACACUGCAUCUCUUGGUGCCUGUGGGAGAGAUUUGUUAACACUGAAGGCAUCUCUGUGGUGGUGUCAGACUUUAAGGGGGGUUUCAGUAACAGCAGGAUUAUAAACAGCUUCAGCUGAAAAAAUACCAUGAGUGGAAACUACU